AACCCCAUCGACGAGACAAAACUCGAGGCGUGAACGUGGCAGCCAUUUUACAUCAUCAAGAGUGAAUGACUGAGGCCGGACCCGUGCCGGGAGUUUUCCACUUUUUCCGUCUUUUAAACAUAACGUCUAUCUUCCAAAUUACUCUACACCGUACACAGUGGUGAUCCAGCGGCAGAUUUCUGGGGACAUGGCCACAGAACAUAUUAAUGGAAAUGGUCCAGAAGAACCAAUGGACACCUCUGCUGCAGUUACCCAUUCUGAGCACUUCCAGACUUUAUUAGAAGCUGGUUUACCACAGAAAGUUGCUGAAAAACUAGAUGAAAUUUACAUAGCAGGAUUGGUGUCACACAGUGACUUGGAUGAUCGAGCAAUUGAGGCUCUGAAAGAAUUCAACGACGAAGGUGCUCUCCAAGUCCUUUUGCAAUUCAAGGACAGUGACCUCUCACAUGUUCAGAACAAAAGUGCCUUUCUUUGUGGCGUGAUGAAGACAUACAGGCAGAGAGAGAAACAAGGGACCAAAGUGUCAGAAACCAACAAAGGACCUGAUGAAGCCAAAAUCAAAGCAUUGCUGGAGAGGACUGGCUACACACUUGAUGUCACUACAGGCCAGAGGAAGUAUGGCGGUCCGCCACCUGAGUCGGCUCACUCAGGGACACAGCCGACUGUUGGGACAGAGAUAUUUGUUGGAAAAAUCCCCAGAGACCUCUUUGAGGAUGAGCUGGUUCCUUUGUUUGAGAAAGCUGGCCCUAUCUGGGACCUGCGCCUGAUGAUGGAUCCCCUCAGUGGCCUGAACAGAGGCUACGCCUUUGUCACUUUCUGCACUAAAGAGGCUGCACAGCAGGCUGUCAAAUUGUGCAACAACAAUGAAAUCCGACCUGGCAAACUAAUUGGCGUGUGCAUCUCAGUGGCCAAUAAUCGACUGUUUGUUGGCUCUAUCCCCAAGAGUAAAACAAAAGAACAGAUUGUUGAAGAAUUCGCAAAAGUCACAGAGGGUUUAAAUGAUGUCAUAUUGUACCACCAACCUGACGACAAGAAGAAGAACCGUGGCUUUUGCUUCCUGGAGUAUGAAGACCACAAGACGGCGGCUCAGGCCCGCCGGCGUCUGAUGAGUGGUAAGGUGAAGGUGUGGGGCAACGUGGUCACCGUGGAGUGGGCAGAUCCCAUCGAGGACCCAGACCCAGAGGUCAUGGCUAAGGUGAAAGUCUUGUUUGUGAGGAACCUAGCUAGCUCUGUAACUGAGGAAAUUCUUGAAAAGGCCUUUUGUCAGUUUGGCAAAUUGGAGCGUGUGAAGAAAUUGAAAGACUAUGCAUUUGUUCACUUUGAGGAAAGAGAUGGUGCUGUCAAGGCUCUUGCUGAUCUUAAUGGAAAAGAUCUGGAAGGAGAACAUAUUGAGAUCGUCUUUGCCAAGCCUCCUGACCAGAAGAGGAAAGAGCGCAAAGCACUGAGACAGGCGGCCAAAACACCAAUGUAUGAUGAAUAUUAUUACUAUGCGCCUCCCCACAUGCCGCCACCCACAAGAGGCCGCGGUAGAGGCGGGCGCGGAGGCUACUCUUACCCUCCUGAAUACUACAGCUAUGAAGACUAUUAUGAUUACUAUGGAUAUGACUACCACAACUACCGGGGUGGCUAUGAUGACCCUUUCUACAGCUACAACGAUUUCCAGGGCUCUGGGAGAGGCCGGGGACCGAGGGGCGGUAUCCGUGGCAGCGUUGGUCAGACCAGGGCCCGUGGUGGGAUCACACCCAGGGGUAGAUUGGGCUUCUCGCAGCGGGGUGGCCCUGGAACAAGCAGAGCAGGGAAGCGAGGCCGAGGGCGGUCCUGACCUGUCACUUACAGCGGAUACUGACUUGAUGUGUGGGAUUACACCUUGAGCUGCAAAGGAUGUUGAAACAAAAAGAGCGUGACAAAAAAGGUCCAAUGAUAUUCCAGCCUUACAGAAGAAGCAUCUCCCCUUCCCCAAGUUUUUUUUUUGUUUUUGUUUAAAAGAAACUGCCACCUUGAAAAAGAUGACCGCACGAUUAUUGUAUUCGCCUAAGCCUCUUUCGCCCCCGAGUCCCUAUAGCUUGCCCUGAUGCAGGGUUAAUUUUUUUGCCCUAACAAUCUCCCCCUGUUCCCUGUUCCUGAACAUGCCAUUUAUUUUUUUUAAAAAAAAUAAUUAUUGAAGAAUUUGCACUUUUUAAGUUUCUUAGGUUUGAAGUGGCUCGAAGGAGCUUGAUGCUAUUGUAUAUUUUUGUGCUAAUCGCAAUUUUCAAUGUUGGAAUAUCCAUGUUAAUUGUUUUGAUGUGGAUGUUUGAAAGAGAACAUUUGCAGGUUUUUAUUUAGGGUGUACCCACCUGGCAUGGAUAAGUCAGGCAUUCCAGGAAAGUGGUUCUUUUCAGAACUUGUCUUUAAAGGGUUGGUUGACUACCUCAGUACAGAGGACUAAACUACCCGGCCUGUACUGUAAAUAGGGAAACUAUAUUGAUGAAAACCGGGCUUGUUCUCUUUAAAAAAAAUAUGCACAAGAGCUGCAGUGCACAACAAUGUACUUAAUGUAAUAUAGUCAUUUUCGCUGCAGCUCUGACACUGCAAACAGUCAAACUGGGCAUGCAAAACAAUCUCAUAAGAUGAGUUGGAACAAGCCCUGUUUUUAUCCUAUUUUGAACUGAAUUAGCUGCCUUGCUUCUUCAGCGUAUGUAGUUACUGUUUGUAUAGGUUUUUUUUUUUUUUUUUUUUUUUGGGAUAAAAUGUUACUUUUGUAAAGGCUUCAAUGUCACGGGCAACAGACUGCCUUUGAUUUUAACCGAUAACAAAAAUAAAAGCCCUGCAGUGUCCCUUUUGUGCCACUGUCAAUCCGAUGGGUUUGUUUUUAGGUGAAACAUAAACAUAUUAACAUCGGACGGGUCCCUUGUGCAUCUCCUAAACCACUGACUGGUAGAGUAUGUUAAUGCUAUUUGUGGCCAUAUUGCCCAGACAAAGCAUGUGUCCAGAGUUAUGGUUUUGGUGUAGGAUCGUCAACAUCACAUGGUAGAAGGGGUGCUGCAGUGAAUACAUUCUAUUUCCAGGUAUAGCUACAAGGAAACUGCUGAUCAAUUCGUUUUCUAUACAGUUAACUCCCUCAGUAAAAUCAUUACCACCUUUUGAGAAAAAAAAGAUGUUAGCAGUUUUAAACUAUUGUUGGUGGCCAACAACGUUUUUGCAUUCCUGCAAAUAAAUUGUUUUAUACUGUAAAAUGGAGGUGAGUGUAACUUAUUUUUGUAAUAAAGUUUUUGAUUUCUA